CCGUGAUUUUGUGAGUUGACUUCAACGACAAACGGUCAUGACCGAUGAUAGCGACGCAAAAGGGAUGAUUGCCCAGGAAGAGCGCGAGUUGAGGAGGGUGUUUGAGCAUCUGGCGGGGUUCCGCCAUAAGAAGAAGCUCAGCCACCUCGUCACUACCCUCAAGGAGCGCAAGGGCCAGCUCGAAUUUAGCAACUCCAACUUUAGCAGCAACAGCGCGCCCAUCUUUGACGCGGCGGGCAAGAAGAUGAACCAGGCCGAGAUCGUGCUGGAGCUCCAGGAAGUCGAGGCAAACAUUGAAGCUAGCCAAGCCGAGCUCCAGUCACUCAGUUCAAACCAAACGUUGGGGACGACAGCAUCUGUCGCAAAGGUCAUCAAGAGCGAGGACUUGUUCGAUGCAAUCAAGGCGCUCGGGAAAGUUUGCACGAAGAAGGAGAUCAGCGACAUGAUCUGGGAAGCGGACGAGAACCUUGACAACGCGGUCGACUGGGACGAGCUCCGUGGGAUGUUCAACAGGAACCUCCUCGACAAGACCGAGCUCGAGCCAGUAAAUCUCUUCAACGUCGUGCAGUUUAUGACGUACGACAAGAAGAUGUGUGGCACCAUCACGGCCGACGACACGAUGGCGAUUCUGUUUGCUCGGUAUGGGCAGUCCCAGCUCGAGACCAAGAUGAAGACGCUGUUUGGCGACAGCGACGAACUCAGCUUUGUGAAUUAUCUUGACCGCGUAAGCAAGCAGCGCAAGCCGAGCAGUUCAAAGCACUGACUUGGAUGCGACUUGCCUGUCAACAACCACCUCACGACGCUACCACCGCCGACGCUACCGGAUUCAACGUGUCGAAGAGCCUGUGUGCGUAUGGGAUGUAGAAGGCGCAGGAAAACGAGAAGAGGGUCGACUGUGAUUAACGCGAUGUUUGCACGGA